AUGUCAAGUACGGUUGAUGUAACACCGAAUAUUUCGGACGCCUUAUUGAAUGAUAUAUCACAAAAACAACAGCAGCCAUUAACUGUUCGAGAAAAAAUUGUAAAUUUAUUUCAAGAAUUAGAAAUAACACGAGAUGAACAAAGACGAAUCAAUACGGAACUAGAAAAAGAAGUUCAAUCUCGUAUUGAAGCAGAAGCUGAAGCAGCUCAUCUACGUCGACAAGUACAAUUAGUCGAAGUUAAUCUUGAUAAUGCAACGGCUCGUGUUAAUAAUGUAACAACACAGUUAAUUGAAGUUUUAAAAGUUUCUGAAGCAGCACGACAUGUUUGUACAAAUCUUGAAAAUAAAUUAACAACUGUCAAAGAUAAAGAAAUCGAUCUUGAUGAUGAAUUAAGAAAAGCAAAAGAAUGUAGUAUUGAAACUGAUAAACGUUUUCAAGAGACAACAAAUAAACUAAAUGAACUACAAGAACGAUAUGAGCUUGCUGAACGUCGAUCGGCAAUGGGUGAUCAACGAAUUGUAUCACUGGAAAAAGAUAUUCGACAUGCAUAUGUACAAAUGAAAUCAUUACUUCAAGCAGAAGAAAAAGCGCAGGCAACAGAAGAAAAAUAUCGGAAAAAUAUUGAUGAUUUACAAUCACGGCUUAAAUCAGCUCAACAACGAACCGACGAAGCUGAAGGCGAUGUUGGAAAAUUACAAAUAAAAGUUGAUAAAGUUAAAGAAAAAUUGGCUGACGAACGAAAUAAAUGUCAUCAAUUACAAAAAAUGAUGGCUGAAUCAUCGGCACCAUAG